AUGUGGAAUCCAUCGCAACAGGAGGAACUGGUGCCAAUAUCGCAGCCACUGCAGAACCUGUUUGAGUCGGGCUUUGUUGACUUUAGUCGGCAUAUCAAUGUCCGUUUGCUGAGCCAGGCGCUCACCAUGCCAGCCAGCAGCACAAUUACAACAAGUCAGUCUACAGGAAUCAGUCACCUUUCCUUCAUCUCUCAACCCAGCACCAACAACCCCAACAAUAUUGUCCACGACGAGCUGAGCUUGGAGGAUGCUUUACUGCAACUGAGUAACAUCGAGGAUGAGCAGACUGCCUUCGAGGAACAAUCACAACACGGGUACUCUCAGCUUCUCUAUCCCGAAGCCACAGUCCAAACCCAUGGCACCUAUGCGGCAGACGCGACCGAACUGGAAGCUUCACAAGAGACCUUCCCCCAGCUUUCGGAGGAGGAGCUCCAAGAAGAAUCACGCCAACAACUGGAGACUCGAGCAUCUUAUCUGCGAGCCCGACUUUUAAUGCAGAUCCUUUCUUUGAGAGACCUUGGGUCUUUGGAGACACUGCGUGCUCCUUGGUGGCCCGCAGCAAGGAUCUACACCAUUCGACAGCAAUUGGAGAGGUGGUCGUUCGUGGUCGAGCAGGCAUUGGCAACAGCCCACAACGAAGGAGCAGUUAUAGAUCAACAACAACUUGCAGGACCAACACCAAUGGAUGCGCCUCAACAAACACCGACGCCUUCGCCUCGGACCCAUUGGACAAAUCGGCUCCUUUCUGGCGAAGACCCCAGUGCGAUUUCAACACGGUGGCCAGCCGCAGCUCAUUCCAGUCCAAUGCCAGCGGCACCAGAAGAAUAUACACAACCUCAGAUUCCAGAGACGACUGCAAUACCCACGCCAUUAUUCCCAUUGGCGAGUCUAACCAAGUUUACCUUGCGGUGUGGUGGCGAGAUGAGUUCCCAUGACCGUCACUGCCUGGGUAUAUCUGCCAUGAUUCUCUCUGGACGGUCUUCAGUCAAUUCCUCACAAGCAGGAACACCUCCUCCACCAACGACAAUCGAUCCAAGGACGUUGAUGUCCUCCGACAGUAAUCCCCCGUCCUUGACCGCUACACGUUCACCUUGGAAAGGCGAGUUUCGCUACUGUCACCAUUGUGGGUCGCAGUACCUCCAAAUUUCGACUGCAGCAUCCAAUGCAUGCCUGAAGCGUCUCAGGCAACAACUCAAUGUCCGACCCAACUCCAGUGACCCGACAGAGAGCGCACAGGCAACAAAGUCGCUCGGCGUUGUUUACGACUAUGUUGACGAGUCACCAGAGUGCACACAACUGUUCAAAAUCUGGGAAUGGCAGCAUCAAUUGGAUAUCAGGAGGAUCGAGGCUUCCAUCGUCGAAGUCCUGUCAAAACUUAUCCACCAAUGCAACACAGCGCUUCAUCGCCCUCAUGCCAUCAGACUGACUCGAUCGAUCCUGCAGAACCAGGGCCGGAUGACUUGCAUCUACAAGAACUUGUCUUCUGGACGCCAGAACACUGUGCAGGCCACCCUUCGACUCUUGACUGCCAUGAACCAUGUUCACCACACAACUACCAAGGAGCUCAAGGAUGGCUUCAACUUUAGUCUGAAGGCAUUGACCAAGCUAAGGCACAUGAGGCGCAAGGAGGGCGAGACUGAGUCAACCAACAAAGCCGACACUCGGACACUCUAUGUUCAGUUUCUGCUGGCAUUCUUCAUUCGAGGCGAUGCGACAGUCAAGAAGGAGAUUCUGGAGAUGCCCGAUCUAUUCCAACUCGCGCUCAAGGAUUUGCCCAACGACCCUUUCCCACUUGUCAACCAGGUUCUCCUUGUCCUCACCAACAACAUUAUCAUGGACAACGAGCUCUCCAGGACAAGCAAAAUCACCUUCUUCAGCACCUCCUUCCUUGUGAAUGUGCUCAAGCUGUACUUAAGGACAGAGCCAGUGGAAGGAUCAGACCAGACCGCCGCCAUUGCCGUCCAUAAGUUCAUGAUGACGCUCUGCACAACUCCAGGAGUCGGUAUUUGCUUCCAGGAUGCGGCUUGGUACCCUCCCAGCAUUCUCACCUCCACAAUCUCAACAGACAAGACAUCUGGUGACGGUAACAAGAUAAUCUUCAACAAGACCCUUUCGCAGCUCUUGACACAUCUCCGACCCACCGAAAACUUGCUCCAGCAGGAGCUGACCGUUUCGAUUCUGACAGCGUGCCCCGAACUUGUCCGAGUAUUCUGGCAAAAGGCGAGCAUACAGCUGGAGCCAAGAUUAUCAGCAAGGUGGCUGGCUAACAUGACGCUCUUGCACAAGAUCACGGAGAUCCCAGUACCCAACCUCUACCUUCAACACACAGGACUCUUUGCAUCCCACCCUCCUCCUGUCUCGACCAUCAUCGAAAACAUCCUUCCUUCUUCCGCGAACAGGACAAUCCUCGGAAAGGGCUUGCAACACUCUAGCAUGCUUGUUCGGUACUUCACCAUCGUCGAACUUGCAGCCGUAUUCCAGAAGGCAGAGCAGGUGGUCGCUGUGAUGCAGUCGGCAGUCAAGACGCUCGCGAUUAAUGACGAGGAGAUCUCAGCAUCGGACGAAUCAGCGGACAUGACGGAAGGAGCAGCCGACACGAAAUCGUCUGAUCCACCAGCGCAGCAGUGGGCGAGCGCAAUCACGUCGCUUAUGGCAGAGCUCCGCCGUCGUGUUCCCGAUAUCCAGAUCAUCAUCAUGCUUCACAAUGGGAUCCUGUCGCUGGCGCAGUCGGAGGCAGAGAGCGAGGAGAGCAUCAGGAACAACCUAUUCAACAACGGAGUUCUGCGUCUCAUCAAGUACUACCAGCAGUUCCUUCCUCAAACGGUCAGUGAAGCUAAAUUCGACAUUGGAAAGCUUAUCCCCUCGGACUUUUCGACUGUCCAGGCUGGCACCCUCAUCCACCUUCUGGAACUUCUCCUGGAACUGAACGACUUUCGAUGGUCCAACAAGUCGUUGGAUGGCUCGUCAUAUCUCAACAAGCUUCUGGCCCUGUUCCUCAUUACAGCCCACCCUCACAUCAAGGCACUGACUGGGCGUUUGGUGUCAAAACUCUUGGGCGAAUCGAUUCUAUUCCAGCAUGACCCAUCGGAGGCGAGUCUGUGGAUUGAGGCUAUCCCCAUCUCAAACUAUGGUCGCCCUCAACUCGCCGGAGAUCAGAGCCAGUUCCUGCAUUUCUUUGACGACUGCGUGGCGCGUUGUUUGAGGACACCCUACAAGUAUGUCGACCAGUCGUCGGUUAUCAUGAAGGCUCUUCAGGAUACGUCAGCUAUGGACGUCGACACUUCAAACGACAUUCGCCACCUUCUUUCCAACUCCCAGCACCAGGACGUCACACGGCCGUACAGCCCUCUCCUGAUGACUGUGAUUGAACAGUUCCAGCAUGUCUAUGCAAAGGACAAGGCUGUGGCCGCGUCUAUUGCCGCCUUCCUUAACCGACUGAUGCCCACGUUGACCUGGAACCAGAACCGGACUUCUGCCCUUGCUGUUGGAUGCUUGCACCGUAUUCAGGAUCCAAGCACUCAGGAGCUGGAUGCCAUCACAGGAUUGAACGAGGACAAGAGAGCUCGCAUCUCCCAGCUUGGCUCGCCCGAAUAUCUGACCAUGGCGUACGAGGGUCUGAAGGAGAACGGCGCGGUCACUACCACCACUAAUUCCAAGGCCUUCAAAAAGGUGGAUGAUGCUGCUUUGCUUCAGCUUCUUAAAUCGAGCGACCGAACCGCCUUUGCCACCAACCUCCAAGUACAGUGUGCGGCAGGAGUUGCCAGGAACUUCAAGCUGGUGGUCGAGUAUGCGAUCAGCAGCAGGGAGUCAACCAAUGCUCUGGUGGAUUACAUCAGGACGAGAUACCCUUUUGCCGGUUCUAUCUACGACAUUUCUGAUGUCGUAGCACUCUUGGAACAAUCCGAUCAAGACAGUGAAAUGGAGGACCAGGAUCCCGUCCACGGUUUCCUUCAGGAGCUUCCUUUCCCCAGUCUGUUCUCCAACACCCGGCCAUCAGAUCUAUCCAACUCGUUUGUUCAGGACUUGCUGAAGCACUCUAUUGGUCGGACCGAACCUAGGCUUCUGGCUAUCUACAGUAACCUCGUCAUCCGUCAACUUGCAAGCUGGAUCUCGUCGAACAGUGCUGAUGACGAUGCUGUGAAUGCAGCCUUCGAUCUGCUGACAUCUUUCUUGGACUGCAGCAGGUCAGAGGUGACCAUCUUUGAUGAGUUCAAGAGUCGUCUCUCGGAGAACUUUAUCCUCCGCGAGCUGUAUCUGUCCCAGUUGCAGGCCACCAAGUUCAAGUCCUUGGACACUUUCGAUGCCCGCGUUGUCGAUCUUUUGAUCGCCAGCACAAAGUCUGCAACUGCUGCUGGCAGCAGGAAGACGGCGGCAUCGGAUGUCUUGUUGAUGAGCCACUUUGUUCGCAAGACUGUCGAGCGUGUCAUGCAUGAGCUCGAGAGCAUGAAGACGUCUGGCGGAAAGGCCUUGCAGCCCAUGACUGUCAAGUACUUUUCAAAGUUGCCGGCCUUGUGCACUUCAUCAGAUCUGACCAUGAUUUUGGAGUCGCUACUCAAGCUGCACGGACAAGCCAAGUUCUCGGCCACCGCUACCUUCAACGCGCUCUUGUCGACCAUCCUCAAAAACCUAACUCGCCAAGGAAGCUCCGCCUCUGCCAUCCCCGUCCACUCCACUGCCGCCCUGAUGGAUCUUUGGAGGAGCCAGCCGUCGGAAGAGCUGGACGCUAUCGUUCUGGAUGUCAUUCGGGGUCGCCUUUGGCCCAACGCCAUGGCAGAAGUCGCGUUCCCUCUGGACCUGUCGACUCCCGGAGUUUUCGACCAAGCCUUGGAUUCUCUUCACUCGUCCUCGUUGAGCGACCUCGACCUUUCGCUUGUUGAUUUCAUCUUGGAGAACUCGAACCCCAAGCGCAACUUGAUCUUGUCGGCACUCUUGACUUGCUCUGCUUCGUCCCGCCAAAAGUUUGCGACCAAGGUGUUGGCUUUCUCCAAGAAGGAUCUCGAGAGGCAUAUGGAGGAUACCGGGUUCCAUGUUCUCUUGCAUGCCUAUUUCCAUCGCCUGUCGACUUCCCAGGACAACCAACGGCUCCAGUGGUCGGCUUCUGCAUCUCAGGAAGAUCGCCAGGCUGUCAAGGCAUUGCAGCCCUUGCUUCUUCCUAAGAUGGUCCAGCACAUUGUCAAGUCAUUCGCUAAUGUAAAGGAGUCUGCAUUCAGCUCGAGCGAUCCUUUGCUGGUCGCCGAUGCUGCCGCCAUCCUGGUUUCCUUGACUACAAAGUCGUCGGACAAGAAGCAGGUGGAUUCAGCGUGGUCUCUUGUGGAGAGCAUCCCCAAACUCGGACUGGAGAGUAUUGGUCUUUUGGAAUCCCUCCUCGAUAUAACCAAGGACGUUACGGGAGAACUCGAGCAGGAGAGCAGACAAAACAGACUGGCAAGAUGGUUUGAGGAGACUGCACGUCGAUUGAUUGUGAUCCUGGACAAAAACGGAGAUGCACAGUGGCUCGAGCCUGUCUGCGAUCGGUUAUAUAACAUUCUUGAGAAGCAUGUUGAGGAGCGGAAACAGAGCAUCGAUCAGAAGGUCCUGUUUGAGCUGGUGUCGUUUGCUAUUGAGAAGGCUCUGGAUAAUGUGGAGCUUGUGCGGUUCUCUGCCUUCUUGGCCAAGCACUACUAUGUUGAGACUUCGCAGAGCUCAGUACUGCCCCAGAUUCUCCAAACGCUCUUCAAGCAUAGGCAGUUCUCGUCAUUGGCAAUGGCCACAGCACCUACAACCAAGCACACAGUCCCCGAGAACUUCAAGACACGCCUGGCCAUCGUCCAGCUGAUCUAUACCCUGACCUGCCUCGAGCCCAAGACUUGCUGCAAAGCCGGAUUCCUUCCCAUGCUCCUGUCUUGCUACUCUGCCUCGACAAGUGUGGCUGACCAGCUGCUGCUGACGGUACUGAAGAUCACAGAGGCUCAUACGGCAGGGUCCAUCUCGAACCGUGCCCCUGUCUGGGGAUCUGGUACCGAGAACACAAAGUCGUCGGGCGCGCUCUUCGGUCAGGCCACGAUGACGGAGAGUUUGGACUUGAUUGACCCCAGCAUGAUGAUGGCUUCUGCUACACAGUUCCCUGUCGAUCGUGAGUUGGAGAGCGAGGCUCCUCUGGUGACGAAGCAGGACUACGACGAGGAGGUUGUUAAGCAUCAAGCAGCACCCAUCUACGAUCCUUGCUUCAUAUUGCCGCUCUUUGGAACGUACAUGGCGUUCGGUGGACUGUUAGAUAUCCGUCGAUUCAUCGAGGUCAACGGAUUGGGUUACAUUAUUGUCGCUCUUUCUUCUUGUGAUGAGAACAUGCGCUUUGCUGCCUACUCCUUGCUCGACGACUUUUACCCUCUCCUCUCUCAAUCGACCAUGAGGGAGAAGAACCAGCUGUUACUGCUGAUGGACGCUCUCAGGAACGCAAUCGUCGAACGCGACGACGGCGUCGCACCACCCAGGAUCCCAGCCGUGAUCACCGCCUUUGUCACCCAAGCCCUCACGACACUCCUGAAACCCGACCAUUUCAUGUACCCGCACGUCAACAAGUUCUGUCUCCAACGUCCCGUCAUUGAUCUGGAGGAUAUCCCCAUGUUCUACAGCAUGUUCAACUCUUCGUCUGAUAACCACCGCAAGGAACGUGUUUGGAUGCUCCGACUCUUGGCUACGUCUUUGAAGACCUCGGAGGAUUAUAAGCUGUUCAGGCGUCGUCAUGUUGUUGACCUUCUGGUCGCCUUUUUCAACUCACAGCUUGCUGAGCCCCUUUCCAAGAAGAUCGUCAUCGAGAUCUUGUUCAACGCGGCAGCUAUCCCCAAAGCCUCGCUUCAGCUGAUCACACAGAGCGCAUUCUUGAGUUGGAUCCACUCACUCUCAGCAAUCAAUCCCAUGAACAGCGAUAAUGAGUUUGCUCUGGUUCCAGCAAGGCUGUUGCUUCGUAUCAUCCUAUCCUGCCCCAAGGAAAACAUUCGCUGGAUGAAUGGUAUCUGGAAGAACCAGGUCUCGGGCAUUGCCACCACCUUGCUCCGUCAGUUGAGCAUUGUCAAGGUGACAGGAGCGAACUUGACGUGGGCACUCGCUAGUCUAGAAUCCAUCCUCGAGAUCUUUGCGUUCCUCAAGACCUCCCAAGAAACAGCCUUCUCGUCGACCGAAGAAACGACAGUACCCGAGAAAAAGACUGACAGCGAGUCUUACCUCCUCCUCCAGAACACGUUGUUCACACCUAGCCACGCAGAGCAGUUCCUCCAGAUCCUCCUCACAUGCGAACAGGUCAUGGUCGUCUCCGAAGACCAAUGCCCCGUCAAGGCACCCGCAUCUCUCCAUUCGCUUAAGGACAGAAUUCCCAAGCGGUCUGAUCCUCUCGAGUCCAUCUACCGCAUUGACCCAGUCCCCGUCCGGAGCCAUUCCCGGAUCGUUCGCUUGGGCUUGGAUCUAGUCAACCAACAACAGCAGCAGCAACCCUCUUCCGCCUCUUCCAGCCAGAAGGACAUUAUCCUUUCAAGAGCACUCUGCUACCGAAUCCAGGAAGCCAUUGAGAUGGCUCGUCUUGGAGAGAACGCCACCAAUUGA